UCUCUACCACUCCUAAUGCUGUAGUUUCUAGGCUCUGACUCUCUCUCUCUCUUUGCACAGAAGCACUUUCCUGGGAAGUUACAGACCUCCAGUCAGGUCCGAUUUUCCACGGCACUGCACCAGGGGCAUGGGAACAGGCCCCAGCCAUUGCAGCAGGGAAGUAAUUCGUCCUUUGUGAAGCACGUCCCCCCAGCAGAGACCACAGAGGAGCAAUAUGACUCUGUGCUGGGUGCUUCCAUGCAUCUGAGACCUUCUCCACAGCGAAGAGCAUGGGGCGGCUCGCAGCACACAGGGAGGCAGCCUCUGCAAGGACCAAGUUACAGGUCUUCAGAGGUGCGUGCUGCACAGACAACGGUCCUGGCAGAAGGAUCCAUGCUAGAUCACAGAGACUCACGCUGCCACCCAGUGCUAGCGCACAAUCGCUGCAAGGAGCUCAACAGCCCUAUCAUGGCUUCAGAAUAUCACAAUCAGCCCCAGGCUAAUAGCAAUUUGAACAACACAUACCUGCACCCGGAUCCUUUCUACUACAACUGCCUGCAGAAUGGGAGACUCCAUUGUUCAUCGAAAAAUUUCACAGGCCCUCACAAUGAUGAAACCCUCCAACUGAGAACGAGGACCCUGGAGCGAGCGGCUGCCAACCCAGCUGAAUGUCUCCCUGGCGAGAGACCGGAGCCCUGGCCACAGCAAAGGAGACGCAGGUUCGAGUCCAUCAUGUGCACGCUCAUGUGAUGGUGAAUUACAGAGGCUCAGCUUUGCUCUGCUCUGAGUAAACCAGGGAUGCUUAGACAUUGUAUCAUAGCAGGGUGCAGGGCAUGUUUACUCCUCUCUGUCUACAAAGCCCUCCCUUCCCCUACAAAGCAGACUUCCCCUCAACCUCUUCCCCUCCCUGGUCGUAAGGCAUCGUCCUCCUCUUUGUCCCUCCACCACUGGUGCAAGGGCCUUCUCCUCUGCAUCCCUCACUCUUUGGAACAGCCUCCAUCUUGCCGAAUCCCCAGCUCAUUUCAGCUGAGACACAAGACAGGAUGUCUUUCCAUAAGCUGUUAGGCUCAGCAUAGGAGCGGCUGAGUGCAAUCCUCCAGCCUUGUAUUAGCCAGACUAAAUGACCACAGUGGUCCUUCCUGACAUUAAAAAUCCACAAUGCAAAUUUAGAUGAUAAACUCUUUGGAGCCGGGACCGUCGUUCUGUACAGCAGCACGCACCAUGGGGUCAGGAUCCAUGACUGGGGCUCCUGGGUGCUAUGGCUGUACAAAUAAUAAAAUGCAAAUAUCUUUCCUCCCUCCUUUCUUGCCUUUUUCCCCCCCUUCUCUACUGCUGUUUGGCUUUGCACACUCUACAAAUAACUGGCAAUCAGUCACCACUGUACAUUGCUUUGCAAUAGUUUGGCUAUAAGCUACUCUCCAACCAGGUGCUGUAUUUUACUAUAUAUAAUGGGUCUGCUUCAAAGGCACCUUGGCUAGGUACCACUUAUUGCCCAGGUGUUACUCUGUUGUAAAUAACGAUGAUCUCUCCUGUCUGUAACCUCUGCUGCAUGUAAGAUGCUCCUGGUCAGUUGAUAUAAGGGAGCCCUGGUUAGUGUGAGAAGGUCUAAUUUACACCACCUCUGAGUCUGGCCCUUGGCCACAUGGAUUAUGGAAAGCGAGGGGCUGCUGAUUUCAUGAUUCCCCCCUCCCGUUUCCUGGGUCACAGUGGGGCCAGUGCAGACUUCCACUGGCUUAAGAUCAGGCCCUGAAAUCAUGAGCCUUCAGCACUUGAGCUAAAGGAGUAACUCCCUUAGCUGGAAGCUAUAGUAGACUCAACCACCUCUCUGGGUCAGCCACUGCAAGAAGACAGAGACCCACACUCCUCUACUGUGUACACCACUCUUAGGCCACUAGAUAGGGCUGUGAAGUCUUCCUUCUGAGUCACCACUAGCACUAGAUAAAGGGGACUAGGGUAAAGGAUCAGAGGGUGGAACAGACACCUACAAGGAAGGAGUGGGCAGAGGUGGUAUCUCAUUCUUGGGUACUCAGUGGAAACAGUUACCAACAGAGUAACCAAAUCCUGCAGGAAAAACCCUCACUGGGAAACUCAACUGAGUGAGGACCCCAGGGUUUGGUCCCAUAUAAACAAAUAGAGGUACAGGAUCAGGGCCUUAGAUUGUGAGCUCUUCGGGGCAGGGACUGUGUCUCACUGUGUGUACAUACAGCUCCUAGCACAAUGGGCCUCUGAUCUCAGUUGGAGCCUUGAGCUGUGACUGUAACAUGAAUUAUAAAGUUAGCAAUAGCUGUUUUUUUCAUUCUCAAAGUAGCAUUUGCAGUAAUAUCUGCUUUAAAUUCACAUUCUUUAGGUUGCCAUUUC